CUACGCUCAACCCGCCAAGAGACAUCACAUUCCUUCCUUACUCUCAUUAAUCUAAACUUUUCCUUCGGUUAAUUUAUCUCUUCUUCUUCCUUACCACUAUCGUUGUUAUCGCUAUCGUUUAUUCUAUCGCUACCGUUCUUCUCCAAAAUCCUCUGUCGUUUAGCUUCUUCCAUUUCUUUACCGAUUACUUUUGUUUUACCUUUUCUUUUCUGUGCUACCAAUAAGUUUAAUUUAAAUUAAAUUCAGUGUUUGUGAGCCCGAGUCACCGGCUAAGUUGGCGUCACGGAUUUCCGUAAUUCGGCAAAUCACCGUUCCCUGAGCAGCGAUGACAUCCGAAUACAGCGAGCUGAGCACCUGCAAUGCGAGUCUCUCAGGGCCAUACCUUCAAGACCUUUGCAGUGGCUCGGCGUUCAUCCUUUUUAUGACCAUCCUGGAAACUUACAUUCAAGCGAGUGAACUGAUUUCCGGAAAAUGCGAGCGUAUGAUACCGGUCGAGAAUACGGAAACUGUUUACGAUUACGUUAUCGUCGGAGGCGGCGGUGCCGGUGCUGUGGUAGCUGCAAGACUGAGUGAGAUUUCCAACUGGACGGUUUUACUCCUUGAAGCCGGUGAAGACGAGUCGGCAGCCAUGCAGAUCCCAAGUUUCGAUGAACCCUUACUAGGAUCAGAGAUCGACUGGAACUAUCAUACGACGAAUGAAAGUCACGCCUGCUUGUCAACGAACGGUUCGUGUAUUUGGUACUCGGCGAAGUGUCUGGGGGGAAACACAGCGCACAAUGGAAUGAUAUACCUGCGAGGGUACAAGCAGGACUAUGACGAAUGGGCCUCGAUGGGCAACGAAGGGUGGUCAUGGGAGGAGGUGAUGCCGUUUUUCCUCAAGUCGGAAGACAACGGUGAAAUCGAGCGAGUUGGAAGCGAGUAUCACUCGACGGGUGGGCCACUAUCCGUCGAAAGAUUUCCCUAUAUUCCUUCUUUCUCACAGUCCAUAAUCGCUGCCGGUAUCGAAGCCGGUUACGGUUACAGCGACGAUCUGAACGGUGACGUGGUCAAAGGCGUCUCAAUAAUUCAAGCGACGAACAAACACGGAGUCAGGCGCAGUAGCUCCAGAGCUUUUCUAUGGCCAGCGAGAAAUCGUUCGAAUCUUCACGUGUCCCUGAACUCCCUGGUGACCAAGAUCGUAAUCGAGGAUGGCCAAGCGGUCGGCGUCGAGUAUGACAAGAACGGAACGUCAAAUAGCGUGAAUGUGUCCAAAGAGGUGAUCGUCUGCGCAGGCUCAAUAAGGUCACCUCAUCUUCUGAUGCUCUCCGGGAUUGGACCAAAGGCUCAUCUGGAUUCCUUCGGUAUCGAAGUAGUCCACGACCUUCCUGGGGUCGGUGAAAAUCUCCACGAUCAAGUUUCUCACGCGGUCAACUUCACCAUUAAUGAGCCCGACAUCUUCGACAACGACUGGGUCGCUGCGUCUGAGUACCUCGCCUCCCAGUCGGGGCCACUCUCUUCGAUCGGAUUAUCCCAGGUAGUUAUGGCACUGCCGAGCAGCUUGACUACCUCAGACUAUCCGGACAUUCAGCUCUUCUUCGAGGCCUACGUAGCCAGCUGCGCGCCGGGUGAAAAGGGUGCUCUAAAGAGCUCAGGAAAACGCUCAGUGGGCGUUGGGGUUGGGUUCAUGCGUCCGAAGAGCAGAGGAAGAAUCAGCCUAGCUUCAAAAGACCCUUUUGUGAAUCCUGUGAUCUGGUCUAAUUACCUUGAUGACUCUCGCGACGUCACCGCACUAGUUGAAGCCAUUCAAUUGACCCUUGCACUGGCCAACACAUCUGCCUUAAAAGCCCAUAACUUCACCUUGAGUAAUCCACCGCUGGAAGCUUGCUCCAACUACACUUUCCGAAGCGACGAAUAUUGGGCCUGUGCUGUGCAGCAGGACACUUUGCCCGAGUGGCACAACGUCGGGUCUUGCAAAAUGGGACCAGCCUCCGAUUCCAUGGCUGUCGUCGAUCACCAACUACGCGUUCACGGUGUAAAAGGACUCAGAGUUGCAGAUGCUUCCAUAAUGCCUAAGGUAACCUCGGCGAAUACGGGAGCGCCAACAAUAAUGAUUGCGGAACGAGCCGCCGACUUCAUAAAAAAUUAUUGGGGCCGUUGAUGCCUUGAUAAGAUUCUGUGACAUUUUACGUAUCACUCAAUGAGCAUUUCAAUCGGAUAUGUCAAUAUUCACAGUACAAUAACCAAAUCAAUAAACUGCGUUCCACGUU